GACAGAGGGGGGCGUCCGCGAGAACACCGGAAGUCGGAAGCCGGGGUCUCAACUGCGCGUGGUGGCGAUGGCGGCUAGCGGGGCUGUGGAACCGGGGCCCCCGGGGGCUGCCGUCGCCCCUUCGCCCGUUCCGGCCCCGCCGUCCGCCCCGAGUCACCUGUUCCGGCCCAUCAGCGCCGAGGACGAGGAGCAGCAGCCCACCGAGAUCGAGUCGCUCUGCAUGAACUGUUACCGCAAUGGCAUGACGCGACUCCUGCUCACCAAGAUUCCCUUCUUCAGAGAAAUAAUCGUGAGCUCCUUUUCCUGCGAGCACUGUGGCUGGAACAACACGGAGAUCCAGUCGGCAGGCAGGAUCCAGGACCAGGGAGUGCGCUACACUUUGACCGUCAGGGCUCUGGAGGACAUGAACAGAGAAGUGGUGAAGACUGACUCUGCUACCACAAGGAUUCCUGAGCUAGAUUUUGAAAUUCCUGCCUUUAGCCAGAAAGGAGCUCUGACCACUGUUGAAGGAUUGAUCACCCGUGCUAUCUCUGGCCUGGAGCAGGACCAGCCUGCACGAAGGGCAAACAAGGAUGCCACAGCUGAAAGAAUUGAUGAGUUCAUUGUCAAACUGAAGGAGCUAAAGCAAGUAACCUCUCCUUUCACUCUGAUCAUCGAUGAUCCCUCGGGGAACAGCUUUGUGGAAAACCCACAUGCUCCUCAGAAAGAUGAUGCCCUGGUGAUCACACACUACAACCGGACCCGACAGCAGGAAGAGAUGCUGGGGCUUCAAGCAGAAGCACCAGCAGAGAAGCCAGAAGAGGAAGAUCUCAGAAAUGAAGUGCUCCAGUUCAACACAAACUGCCCAGAAUGCAAUGCCCCCGCUCAGACUAACAUGAAGCUAGUACAAAUCCCUCACUUUAAGGAGGUUAUCAUCAUGGCUACCAACUGCGAGAACUGCGGGCAUCGGACCAAUGAGGUGAAAUCUGGAGGAGCAGUAGAAGCCUUGGGCACCAGGAUUACCCUCCACAUCACAGAUCCCUCAGAUAUGACCAGAGACCUCCUCAAGUCUGAGACUUGCAGUGUGGAAAUCCCAGAGCUAGAAUUUGAACUGGGAAUGGCCGUCCUCGGGGGCAAGUUCACCACACUGGAAGGGCUGCUGAAAGACAUCCGGGAACUGGUGACCAAAAACCCUUUCACACUGGGCGACAGUUCCAGUCCUGGCCAGGCGGAGAAACUGCAGGAGUUUAGCCAGAAGAUGGACCAGAUUAUCGAAGGUAAUAUGAAGGCCCACUUUAUUAUGGAUGAUCCAGCAGGAAACAGUUAUUUGCAGAAUGUGUAUGCACCUGAAGAUGAUCCUGAGAUGAAGGUGGAGCGUUACAAGCGCACUUUUGACCAAAAUGAGGAGCUAGGGCUCAAUGACAUGAAGACAGAAGGCUAUGAGGCAGGCCUGGCUCCACAACGGUAGCAGUGGGUGGGUCAAGAGCCAGCCUCCAGCGCUGCUCAUUCUGCAGGUUAUUUGUUAGUAUUAGAAGGCUGGGAGUGUCCUCCGCACCAGCCCUGGCCUAUGGUGGGACAGACAUCCUGGUCUGAGUCAGAUCUAGGCACACUUUCUAAACAGCUUGUGAUGCAAAUGCGAGCCUAUUGUGUUACUUGACCUUAUUUUGGAGGUUUUGAAUUGGCCUAGGAAGAAACCCAGAAAUGAACUAGGGGUAUGUCAUGAUCACUUUUUUCAUAGCAAGUCUUUACCCUCCCUCCACGUAAUGCUCUGUCCUCUUAAGGUUGGAACUCUGAAGUUGGAGAAGUUGGGAUAAAUUUACACCUGGAGUUUGGUUGUCGGUUCUGAAUAUUGUAAAAUACUGACUUUCAACAGGAAAGGAGUCUCCUGAGGGGAGACCGAGUCCAGCACAAGUGAAGGAGUUACCAUUAAAAUGAUGACUUUCAAACUGG